AUGGCCGCCAGGGAUCUUCAGACUUCAGGGGUUGCGCCGCCGUUCGUCGUAGGACUCGGUCACGACAAGACGUCUGCGCCGAGGACGGCUCACCGCGUACAGCCUUCGUUCUUGCCCCUCGACGGAGCAUCAUUCGGUCGCGUCUUUACCCCUCUGCUGAACGGCCGCCGACUCUAUACAGCUCGCGGUCUGCACAGCCGGCCAGACCUAGGCAACGCGACCACCAUCCUAGGCCCCUACUCAUCGGCCGAUAUGGAUCCCAACAACCCCAACAACCGUCUGCACCUGAACUUUGGUAACAACAACGAGCGCCUUGCAGCCUCCGACCGCACGUACCCGACCACGCCAUCGACUUUCCCGCAACCCGUCUUCCAGAACCAGCAGCCCGGCAUGCCUCAGCAGCCCCAGGGUGCUGCCCAGCAGCAGUACGCCGGCGGCUAUGCUCCCGCGCCGAACUACUUCAUGCAGCAGAACCAGUACCAGGGCUACCAGGCCCAGGGCAAUAACGCCGACUACAAUGCUGCGUACGCCCAGGGCGGUUAUGCCCCCCGAUCCAACACUCCGGGCACUAAUGAUCCCAAUGUUGGCUUGGCUCACCAGUUCUCCCACCAGAACCUGGGCGGUGCUGCACGCGCCUCUCCCUAUGGCGCUCGAGGGGCCUCUCCCGCUCAGCGACCCCGAACUGCCGGCUCAAACCCCCAGCAGCAGCGAGACGCAUACAACAGCUACCAGAACCACCCUAUGCCCGCGCAGGCCGCCCGACCCGAGCAAGUCUUCCAGACUGCCCCUGAGCGUAACCCGGAGAAAUAUGGCACCAACUCCAACAACAACCAGAAGAAGUGCUCCCAGUUGGCCGCCGACUUUUUCAAAGAUAGCGUCAAGCGUGCUCGCGAGCGCAAUCUGCGACAGAGUGAGAUGGAGCAGAAGCUGGGCGACCCCAACCAGUCGGCCUCCAGACGCGAGCAGAUCUGGCAGAACGGCGGUAAGAAGGAGGGACGAUACCUGCGAUUCCUGCGCACCAAGGAUAAGCCCGAGAACUACAGCACCAUCAAGAUCAUUGGAAAGGGUGCUUUCGGUGAAGUGAAGCUGGUGCAAAAGAAGGCCGACGGACAGGUCUACGCCAUGAAAUCCCUGAUUAAGACGGAGAUGUUUAAGAAGGACCAGCUUGCUCACGUCCGCGCCGAGCGUGAUAUCCUUGCCGAGUCCGACAGUCCUUGGGUUGUCAAGUUGUUCACAACCUUCCAGGACGCAAACUUCCUGUACAUGCUUAUGGAGUUCUUGCCCGGCGGUGAUUUGAUGACGAUGCUCAUCAAGUACGAGAUCUUCUCUGAGGACAUAACGCGCUUCUAUAUAGCGGAGAUUGUACUUGCAAUCGAGGCCGUGCACAAGCUCGGCUUCAUUCACCGUGAUAUCAAGCCUGACAAUAUUCUUCUGGACCGAGGCGGCCAUGUCAAGCUCACGGAUUUCGGCUUGUCCACCGGUUUCCACAAGCUGCACGACAACAAUUAUUACCAGCAGCUCCUGCAGGGCAAAUCUAACCGACCGAGAGACAGAAACUCUGUCGCCAUCGAUCAGAUCAACCUUACUGUCUCUAACAGAGCCCAGAUCAAUGACUGGCGACGAUCCCGCAGACUUAUGGCCUACUCGACCGUAGGAACCCCUGAUUAUAUCGCUCCCGAGAUCUUCACCGGCCAAGGUUAUUCGUUUGACUGUGAUUGGUGGUCGCUCGGGACCAUCAUGUUCGAGUGCUUGGUCGGCUGGCCGCCGUUCUGCGCCGAGGAUAGCCACGACACGUACCGCAAGAUCGUCAACUGGAGACAAUCGUUGUAUUUCCCGGAUGACAUUACUCUGGGUCGCGAGGCUGAGGACCUCAUUCGCAAUCUUAUCUGCAACACUGAGAAUCGUCUUGGCCGAGGAGGCGCACAAGAGCUCAAGGCCCACACUUUCUUCCGAGGUGUUGAAUUCGACAGCCUUAGACGCAUCCGGGCGCCGUUUGAGCCACGCCUUACCUCUAGCAUCGAUACGACGUACUUCCCGACGGACGAGAUCGACCAGACAGAUAACGCAACUGUCCUGAAGGCCCAGGCUAUUGCCAGUGGUAGACAGCCAGACGAGACCCCUGAGAUGAGCUUACCGUUCAUCGGCUACACGUUCAAGCGGUUCGAUAACAACUUCCGAUGA